GUUUCUUACUGUCUCGUCUUCGCCGCAUUCCUUGGCCCGUACAAGUUCAAAAUGCCGGCCUAUAUCGGGCGUAUGGUCCCAAGAGCGACUGGGGUGCAUCGACUCUCAUCGCGACUCCGAUCUCAAGCCGUACGACGUCCAUUGCAUCUGUUGACGCGGCCGGAAAUCCUUGCCCUCCGCACGCCCGCAAGCCCGAGUAUCAGCAAACAGCUACGCAGCUACUCCACGGCGGAGGCGGAGCCAACACCCUCUAUCUCGCCAUCAAUUUCGACAGACUUGCUUCCUAUUUGUUGCCCGGGAUGCGGUGCGUAUGCGCAAACCGUCGAGCCCAGUGAGCCCGGAUACUACAGCAGAACAAGGAAGCAGACACGGAAGCUCCAUAAGAAGGCACAGCGACAACUCGAAGGACAGGAGGCCGAUGGGGUGGAAGAGGGAGAUGUUUCAAGACUGAAGGCUGAAGGGGAUCAGGCGGUGGAAAGGAUCCAGCAGUAUAUUACGACAGAGACUGCGCAGUGGGGGAAACCGCUGAGCAGACCUGGAAAGCUCCUCCAAGAAGCCGCAGAUACUGCUGGCAAAUACCUUGCCAAGACGCAGACGCCCAUUCAAAUCUGUGACCGAUGCCACGACCUCAUUCACCACAACGAGGCGGUUCCGGCCGUCUCUCCGACCAUAGAUUCCAUCCGCGCGUACCUGGACGAGUCGCCACACAAGGAAAACCAUGUCUACCUUCUAGUCGAUGCAGCGGACUUCCCAAUGUCUUUCAUCGACAACAUUCAUGAAGCGCUGAAUAUCAUGAGCCCGCGUUCGAAGAACCGCCGCUCCGCGACUCAAGAGUAUCGGAGCUCGAAGAAGCUGCCGACCCUCAGCAUUGUUAUCACGAGGUCCGACCUCUUAGCCCCCACGAAGGAGCAGGUCGACUCGAAAAUGCAGUACGUCCGAGACAUGCUCCGUACCCGGCUCGGACUCUCCCAAGGUUUCCGCCUGGGUAACGUGCACAUGAUCAGUGCGCACCGCGGCUGGUGGACGAAGGACGUCAAGGAGGAGAUCCGGAAUCAUGUGGGUGGAGUCUGGGUGGUUGGCAAGGCCAACGUCGGCAAAAGCAGCUUCAUCGAGGCUUGUUUCCCCAAGGAUACGAAAAAUCUGGAGAAAAUCGCGGAUCUGGUGGAGCAGCGCGAAAAGGAGUCAAGGCUGUUGAACCAUGUAGACCCUGCGCCUGUGGAUACGGACGGUCUUCUGCCCCCUGCACCUCGCGAAGAAAUGUUCCCCGUGCUACCGAUUGUCUCCUCGCUGGCCGGCACGACCGUCUCCCCAAUCCGCAUCCCCUUCGGCCGCGGCCGCGGCGAGAUGAUCGACCUCCCUGGCCUAGAACGCGGCGAUCUCUCGCAAUACGUGCUCCCCGAGCACCGCCGCGGACUCAUCAUGACGAAGCGGAGCGCCUUCCAGCGCCUAACCGUCAAGCCGGGGCAAUCGCUCCUGCUGGGCGGCGGCCUCGUGCGCAUCACGCCCGUGAACCCGGAGGACGUGAUCCUAGCGGCCUGCUUCGUGCCACUCGCAACGCACGUCACCCGCACUGAGAAGGCCAUCGAGAUGCAGCGCGGCGAGCGCGCGCUACCAGGCGACCCUUUCCUCCGCGAAGACGCGCUGCAAACGAUCGCCUCAGCCGGCCGCAUCAACCUGCAAUGGGACGUGACGCAGUCGCACCUACCGCACUCGCUCGCCCGCGCGGUGGCCGAAAAGCGGAUCAAGAACCCCAAAGUCCCCUACCGGGUGCUGGCCACCGACCUCCUGAUCGAGGGCUGCGGCUGGAUCGAGCUCACCAUGCAGACCCGCACCAAGCAGCGCGACGCCCACGCCCUCAAUCUCGACGAGUUCAACGAGGACCUCGACGACGACGACUUCGUCAGGGAGUCCCAGGAGGACGACGACGUCGACGCCGGCCUCUUCACCUCCCACCCCCAGGUCGAGGUCUUCUCGCCCCAUGGCCGCCAUAUUGGCUCCCGCGCCCCGCUCGAGUGCUGGAAGUAUAUCGCUGAGAAGAAAGCCGCCGAUAAGCGCGUGCACGGUGCCCGCGGCCGCCAGAAUAUAAGCCGUCAGCACCGCGUGAGUGCUAGUCGGGGUGAGUAGUGAUUUGUCUACUUUUUAGUUCUUAGUGGGAUGGGGUGCCCCGGAGGUGUGGUCUGUAAAUUAUCAUGUAUAUUAGUCUCUAUUGGUUGUUCGC